AAAAGAAGAUUCUCCGGUUAGGGCUUUGCCUCAUAGCCGGGAUAUAUAAAGCGGCCCACACUAUACGCAAAAGCACCCGUUUCAUCUUGAAUUUGUGAAGGCGAAAACUAGGGCAAACAUGAUCAUUCCGGUCCGAUGCUUCACCUGCGGCAAGGUUAUUGGAAACAAAUGGGACACGUAUCUUGAUCUUCUCCAGUCUGAUUACACCGAAGGAGAUGCUCUUGAUGCUUUGGGGCUUGUCCGUUAUUGUUGCAGAAGAAUGCUGAUGACGCAUGUUGAUCUCAUUGAAAAGCUUCUCAACUAUAACACAUUGGAGAAGUCUGACACCAGCUGAAGCGUCAUUGGAGAACUGUUAGCAAUGGAGAAUGAUUGCUUAGAACAAGUGUACUGGCAUUUUGUUUCAACAUUGUGUUUCAUUUCUAAAAGUCGGUGUAAAAUUAUUGGAAACAAGCAAACAUCUUAACUUUAUAGUAUGUAGUAGGUAUCUUGAACAUUUGUUUCUAUGUUGAUGCAUUAGCAUUCUUCUUUAUGUGCAUACACGAAAGACAUACCUACACAUGUAUCUGUUUUUCAAAGAUUGGGUGGUAUGAAAAAAUGGUUGUGCUGUUACCACCCAA